CAGGACCUGGGAGAAGAGCAACGAAAGAAAAAGAGGAGAGGAAAAACGGAACAACCACACAAAUGGCACUCAUGGCAGGGAUUUUGUUCACGGCUACCUUUCUUGUUUCUGGGAUUUCUACAUUGGUUUCUCCGGCACGGAUAUACCCCCCAAAUGAAGUCACGUUAUUGGAUUCCAGAUCUGUACAGGGGGAGCUGGGAUGGGUCGCCAACCCGACAGAAGGAGGGUGGGAGGAAGUAAGCAUUAUGGAUGAGAAGAAUAUCCCCAUCCGGACGUACCAGGUGUGUAACGUCAUGGAGCCAAACCAGAACAACUGGCUCCGCACUGACUGGAUCCCCCGCGGAGGUGCCCAGCGUGUCUACAUCGAGAUCAAGUUCACCCUCCGAGACUGCAACAGCCUCCCGGGGGUCAUGGGAACCUGCAAGGAAACCUUCAAUCUUUACUACUACGAGUCCAACAAUGACAAAGAGCGCUACAUUCGCGAGAACCAGUUCGGCAAGAUCGAUACCAUCGCCGCGGACGAGAGCUUCACUCAGGUGGACAUCGGCGAUCGCAUCAUGAAGCUGAACACGGAGGUGCGGGACGUGGGCGCCUUGACCCGCAAAGGUUUCUAUUUGGCCUUCCAGGAUGUUGGAGCGUGCAUUGCGCUCGUGUCCGUCAGGGUCUUCUACAAGAAAUGUCCUUUAGCGGUGCGUAACUUGGCCCAGUUUCCUGAUACCAUCACUGGAGCCGAUACCUCCUCGCUUGUGGAAGUUCGAGGCUCGUGCGUGGAUAAUUCAGAGGAGAAGGAGGUUCCCAAGAUGUACUGUGGAGCUGAUGGAGAGUGGCUGGUGCCUAUUGGGAACUGCUUGUGCAACCCUGGAUACGAGGAGCGCAAUGCAGAAUGCCAAGCCUGCAAGAUUGGUUACUACCGUGCUUUGGCCACCGAUGGCGCCUGCUCCAAGUGUCCGCUCCACAGCUACUCCGUCAGGGAAGGCUCCACCUCCUGCGUCUGCGAUAAAGGAUACUUUCGAUCCGAAACAGACCCAGCAUCCAUGCCCUGCACCCGACCUCCGACGGCGCCGCUCCACCUCAUCUCCAACGUGAACGAGACCUCCGUAAACCUGGAGUGGAGCCCACCAAGGAGCUCGGGAGGACGCCAGGACCUGACUUACAACGUGGUGUGUAAACGCUGCGGGCCCGACGGUCAGCGCUGUCAACCCUGCGGUAACGGCAUCCACUUCAGCCCCCAGCAACUGAGUCUGAAGGGAACCAGGGUGUCUAUCAACGAGCUGCAGGCCCACACCAACUACACCUUCGAGGUGUGGGCGGUCAACGGAGUGUCGCCUCAAAGCCCCGGGCCGGAACAGGCCGUGUCAGUGACCGUCACUACCAACCAAGCCGCUCCAUCUCCAGUGUCAUCCAUCCAAGCAAAGGACAUCACAAGACAUACCAUCUCACUAGCCUGGCAGCCUCCUGAUAGAGCCAACGGAGUCAUCCUGGAAUAUGAGGUCAAAUACUAUGAGAAGGACCAGAAUGAAAGGAGCUACAGAAUCAUAAAAACCUCAUCCAGGAAUACCGACAUCAAGGGUCUCACCCCCAUCACCUCCUACGUUUUUCAUGUGCGCGCUCGCACGGCGGCCGGCUACGGAGAAUUCAGCGGCCCCUUUGAGUUCAUGACCAACUCUGUGCCAGCUCCUAUUAUUGGUGAUGGGGCCAACUCCACGGUGUUACUGGUAUCCGUAGUGGGCAGCGUGGUCCUCCUCCUCAUCCUCAUCAGCGCUUUUGUCAUCAGCCGAAGAAGGAGUAAGUACAGCAAGGCCAAGCAGGACUCUGACGAGGAGAAGCACUUACACCAAGGAGUGAGGAUAUAUGUUGACCCCUUCACCUACGAGGACCCCAACCAAGCCGUCCGCGAGUUCGCCAAAGAAAUCGACGCCUCCUGCAUCAAAAUCGAAAAGGUUAUCGGCAUCGGGGAGUUCGGGGAGGUCUGCAGCGGCCGUCUGAAGAUGCCGGGGAAGAGGGAGAUCUGCGUGGCUAUCAAGACGCUGAAAGCCGGAUACACAGACAAACAGAGGAGGGAUUUCUUGUCCGAGGCUAGCAUCAUGGGCCAGUUCGACCACCCGAACAUCAUCCACCUAGAGGGCGUGGUCACCAAAUGUAAGCCAGUGAUGAUUAUCACAGAGUACAUGGAAAACGGAUCCCUGGAUGCAUUCCUGAGGAAGAACGACGGUCGCUUCACGGUGAUCCAGCUGGUCGGCAUCCUGCGUGGCAUCGCCUCAGGCAUGAAGUACCUGUCAGACAUGAGCUACGUUCACCGCGACCUGGCAGCUCGCAACAUCUUGGUCAACAGCAACCUGGUGUGCAAGGUGUCCGACUUCGGCAUGUCCCGAGUGCUGGAAGACGACCCCGAGGCUGCGUACACCACCAGGGUGAGCGUGUGUGUCAGACUGAGUCAUCGCUCUGUCUGCGUGUCACCUUACUUGUCUGCGUUGUCACAUUUUAUUAAUCAGCCCAUCUGUCAAUUACAGGGUGGGAAAAUCCCAAUCCGCUGGACGGCCCCAGAGGCCAUCGCUUACAGGAAGUUCACCUCGGCCAGUGACGUGUGGAGCUACGGCAUCGUCAUGUGGGAGGUGAUGUCAUACGGCGAGCGACCAUACUGGGACAUGAGUAACCAAGAUGUGAUCAAGGCCAUUGAUGAGGGCUAUCGGCUGCCCCCGCCCAUGGAUUGCCCCGUGGCGCUCCACCAGCUCAUGCUGGACUGCUGGCAGAGAGAGAGGGCUGACCGGCCAAAAUUCGGACAGAUCGUCAACAUGCUGGAUAAGCUGAUUCGUAACCCCAACACUCUGAAGAGGACCGGGGGCGAGACUGCUGUCAGGCCUAACACCACCCUGCUGGAGCCAGGCAGCCCCGAAGCAUCCUCGGCCGUGAGCACAGUGGAGGACUGGCUGCAGGCCAUCGGCAUGGAGAGAUACAGCGACAACUUUACCGCCGCCGGCUACAACACUCCAGAAGCUGUGGUCCACAUGACACAGGAAGACAUGGCCCGCAUAGGCAUCUCCUCUGCAGCACACCAGAACAAGAUCCUGACCAGCGUCCAGGGAAUGCUGUCUCAAAUGCAACAGAUGCAAGGCAGAAUGGUUCCCGUCUGAGAGAUUUAAACAAAGAAAAAAGGAAAAGGGAGCAAAGCGACUUCGUUUCUUAUGAAAAAAAAAAUAACAAAAAAGAUUAAAUAUUACAAAAAAAAAGAGACAAAUAAACUAUGAAGAAAUAGUUUACCUCAUCCAUGCACUUUAAAUUGGAUCUAAAAGAAAAGAAGACGUUGAAGAAGAAGAAAAAAAGUGGUGAAAAUGGCACUUUUUUAAAAUCAGACCUUUACCUUGCCCUUUUUUUUGUUUGUUGUUUUGGAGAAUGGGACACUUCUGUCUGCAGCAUUUAUGGAUAAAUGGAGGGACGGCUGGAAAAGUGCUUCCGAGAGGCCAAUCUGGAGUGCCUUUAAUGGUCUGGAAGGAAAAGUGAGGGAGGAGGGAGGGAAUCGUACCUUUCUCCCUCCUCUUGGGCAGAGUGUUGUUUCUGGAACUUUCUUUCUGGAAUAGUCCGUGGAGCAGAUUUUUUUGAUUUCCUGUGACUGUGUUUAUUGUACAUGAAUUGUUUCUGUGGAACUCACAGGCCGCUCCGGCCACCAUUGUUCUCUCUCAGCUGGAUCUGUUUGCUAUCUCACAGACAAAAUGGAGGAUCCUAACCGUCAGAUAUAAACAGUGAAUCUCUGAGAGGUUGAGGGUUGGAUUCCGCGGGGAGAUGGCGGUGCAGGGAGGGCUUAUUUUGAGGAGCUUCAUGUUGUGUUUUUCUGCUCAGUUCUGGCCUUGUUUUCUUCCCAGAACGCUGUAUUUUGUUGCCCUCAGGACGUUACUGAGAAUGUCUUUGAUCUUCCAGAGGAGCCUUCCCACUCCCCUGUCUUCCCAAAAAUGCCCUCCCACACCUCUGAUAAACACACAAUUUGGAUUCUUCCAUUCAUCUCCCCCAUCAGAAUCAAAGCCCCCCCCCCCCCCCCCCCCCCCCUCCUCUCGCCCACCCUCCUGCAGCACCUAUCACCUCUUCCUCACCACUUUUUGACAGACAGCUGUUUGGACCACUUAAAUUGGCUUUAUAAAUUGGACGCAAGACGAAGGAAUUUAAUGGCGGGAUUUUUAUCGAACAUAAGGAUGCAGCAUGGAUGUGGAAUGAAUCACAAUCAUAAGCAUCAUCAUCGCCAUGACAAUAAAUAAGAAAAUACACUCGGGAUUACUCAAUCAAUAAUCAAGCUGCUGCCGUCCAUCAUAAACAGGAUCCCAGGCCUCGCUUUCGCCAUGACUUAGAAUUCCUCCUCGUCUUCCUCCUUCCUGCGCUCUUCUCCGCUCCUCUCCUUGGAGACAAAUCCAUCCCUGCGUUUCUGAGACGUCCGCCGUCCACAACAUUGUCAUCUUGACAAAACUAGCCACCAUGUGCUUGUGGCCAUCCAGCAAAGUACUGGAAUUACUAUGAAUGAUUUAACAGCAUUAAAAAAAAAGAGAGAGACAAUAAGAAGAAUGUAAUAUAAUCGAGAAGCCCUGCUCCAGCGGAUAAUGUACCUUUUUAUUUGUUGUUGUUGAAAGUUUCAUUUUUUUAAUUUUAUGAUGAUUUUCUUUUUUGUGUUGUUUUGUUCUUUGUUUGCAUGUACAGUAACAAGCGUUUGAUUUGAGCGUGCGAAUGACUCUCGAAGUGUGUGUGUGUGUGUGUGUGUGUGCACGAGAGUGUGCGUGAGUCUAGAUGUAUGAGUGACGUCUAUUUGAAGUACUAUCAGUAAUUUUGUCCGAUUUCAUGCCACUGUGGAGGACGAGGAGAUAACAGAGUUGUAUUGUUUUUGAUAUAAAGAAAAAUCGUGGACUUUUUUUUUUUCUUUUUUGCUUUUGUGUCGUCUAAAAAAAAACAAAAAACUUAAAAAACAAAACAAAACGAUGUAAGGUGUGUCGCUCCUGUCGUGCAAACUCUUGCUCAGCAACAGCAUUUAUUAAAACAGCUUUUCUGGAAUGCAACUCAUUUCUGCUUUUGGCAGUGACGCCAGCUUGCAAACGGACACGCGGAGGAGCAGACGAGUCUUGUCCGUAGAAACAUAAGCGGACAACACUUGAGUUUGGACUCUCCAAGCUCAUGACAAGUCAAGGAGAAAACGUUGGAACCGUCUCUCCAUAUGGGAGAAGGGGAGCAGUUUAAAAUGAAGCACCUGUACACAACAAAGGAUCAGAGAAGUGAGGAAAAAAAGUGUUAAAGAAUGGGAAACAGUUGGUUCUUUUUAUUUUUUCCAGAGCACAACAUACAGCUACAGGUUUAACCCAAUGGACUUUUUUUUUCUUUUUUUUUUUUUUGUUCCUUUAUCUCUUUAAACUAUACUUAUGUGAAUGUUUUUAAACUUGUAAGUGACGCUUCAGAUAAUACAAGAACACCUCCGUCCUUAAUACAGCUCUACUGCUCUUUCCUUUUUUGGCGAUGUGUUACUUUUUUGGGGUUUUAUCUGUCGAAAACAAGCGAACAAAUAAAAAAAAAAGGACCUGUUUGGAAAUAUGCAAGACGUGUUGGGAAGGAGAAGGAAACCAGAAUGUACUGUAAAAUACUUUUUUCCUUUACUUAAAUGUCGGACGAUUUGAAAAAACACAAAAAAGAAAAAAAAAAAUUAACAAAAACGCAAGAGUUAAUGUUUGUCAUUGUAUGCCUUCCGAUGCCAUAUGAUCUAGCCAUGUAGAUCUAACAUUCUCUCAAUCUUUGGUUUUUGUACCUUUUUUUUUGACAUGAUCAUGAUUUUUUUUUUUUUUUUUUUUUUGCCUUUUCUUUUUGUUUUAUUUUGUUUUUGUCAAGGAGCUCUAGGUACAUGUAACUUAUGUCAUUUAUUUAUGUCCUUUUAUAUCUAGUUUGUAAAAUAAUAGCCUAAAGUGAAGAAAAUAAAGGGGUGCCAAAGCGCAUUCUUAUUAAAGUAGAAACCAUAUGACGAUCUCCCUGUCUCUCAUUCACUCACACACACACACACACACACACACACA